GGAGCGUGGGUCCGGCCCAUGCCGCCACAGGAAUCUUAAACCGGAUGGCACCGAGUCAGGCUGGCUUGGAUAUUUAUUGCGACGGAGGUCCAUGUGCUCCGAUCUCAAAGUCUGAGCUGUCUCCAUCACCGUGGAAGAAGAUGAUGACGAAGACCUGGUUUUGUCAUCAUGCUUUUGCCCAAUUCUUCUGCCCUGUCUUCCAAAUCUUUCCACUAAUCAUGGAAUAUUAUGACAAGCUAUCCCCGAAGAACUACUAGAAGAAGAUGGAUGGAAUUUGACUCAUUCCUGCUGAGGUUAACAAUCCCAGUCUGCUCUCCGAUAAAUCCAACCCGGAGGAGAUCGCCCCCUUCCACCAAAAAAGAGCAGCGGAACGCCAUGGAUGGGUUGGGCCCCAACGCCGCCAACUGCUGCCCCGUCACGCCGCUCGAGUUCCUCGAGCGCACCGCCACCGUCUACGGCGACUGCCCCUCCCUCGUCUACAACCGCACCGCCUUCACCUGGUCGCAGACCCUCCGCCGCUGCCUCCGCCUCGCCUCCGCCCUCUCCUCCCUCGGCAUCUCCCCCGGCGAUGUGGUAUCGGUGCUCGCCCCCAACGUUCCGGCCAUGUACGAGAUGCACUUCGGCGUGCCGAUGAGCGGCGCCGUCCUCAACACCGUAAACCUCCGCCUCGACGCCCGCACCAUCUCCAUCCUCCUCCGCCACAGCGCCUCCAAGCUCGUCUUCGUCGACGUCCUCUCCCGCCCCCUCCUCGACGACGUCCUCCGACUCUUCCCCGCCUCCGCCGAGCGCCCUCGGGUCGUCACCAUCGAGGAUCCCUACGAGGACGCGCCGCCGCCACAGAGCUCCGCCCUCACGUACGAGAAGCUCCUCGAGACGGGGGACCCGGAGUUCCGGUGGGUCCGUCCCCGCAGCGAGUGGGACCCUAUGGUCCUUAACUACACGUCCGGAACCACCUCCGCCCCCAAGGGGGUGGUUCACUGCCACCGCGGCCUCUUCUUCAUCACCAUCGACUCCCUCAUCGACUGGUCCGUGCCGAGGCGGCCCACCUACCUUUGGACGCUCCCCAUGUUCCACGCCAACGGGUGGAGCUACCCCUGGGGCAUCGCCGCCGCCGGCGGCGUCAACGUCUGCCUCCGCCGAUUCGACGCCGCCGCCAUCUACGCCGCAAUCGAGACCCACCGGGUGACCCACAUGUGCGGCGCGCCCGUGGUCCUCAACAUGCUCGCCAACGCCCCGGACUCCGCCCGUCGCCCGCUCCACGGCCCGGUCCAGGUCCUCACCGCCGGGGCGCCGCCCCCCGCCGCGGUGCUCCACCGCACGGAGGCGCUCGGCUUCGCCGUCAGCCACGGGUACGGCCUGACGGAGACGGCGGGGCUGGCGGUCUCCUGCGCGUGGAAGGGGCAGUGGGACCGGCUCCCGGCGUCGGAGCGCGCGCGGCUGAAGGCGCGGCAGGGCGUGCGCUGCCUGGCGAUGACGGCCGCCGACGUGAUCGACGGGGACACGGGGGAGAGCGUGAAGAGGGACGGGAACACCAUGGGGGAGAUCGUGCUGCGCGGCGCCUGCGUGAUGCUGGGCUACCUCAAGGACCCGGAGGCGACGGCGAAGGCGGUGCGCGCGGACGGGUGGUUCUACACGGGGGACGUCGGCGUCAUGCACGCCGACGGCUACAUCGAGAUCAAGGACCGGUCCAAGGACGUGAUCAUCAGCGGCGGGGAGAACCUGAGCAGCGUGGAGGUGGAGUCCAUCCUGUACGGCCACCCAGCGGUGAACGAGGCGGCGGUGGUGGCGCGACCGGACGAGUUCUGGGGGGAGACGCCGUGCGCGUUCGUCAGCCUGAAGGAGGAAGCGUCGGCGGCGCCACCGACGGAGAGCGAGGUGAUCGCGUGGUGCCGAGAGCGCAUGCCGCACUACAUGGUGCCGAAGACGGUGGUGUUCCGGGCGGAGCUGCCGAAGACGUCGACGGGGAAGAUACAGAAGUACGUGCUGAGGGAGAUGGCCAAGAAGAUGGGCUCCGCCGGUCGGCCGAGUCGAAUGUAGUCCACGACUCGGACCGAGUCGGCCUCGCAGAGCAAUUACUCCAUCUCUACCCACACAUCCGUGAACCUGACGGCUAGCUUCUUAUGAUCGGAGGCGACGGCGGCUCCAUCUCGUCCUCCAUUCACCAGACAGGUGGGCGCAGAACUCACGGGUAAUCUUUUAAGGCAAAUCAACAUAUUAUUGGUCAAACACCAUUGGUCUUCCGGGUAUUAGAUUUCAACAGGGGUGGGGCCCUGGAAGUGGUCCACUAUACGUUGUUUGUAUGCUUGAUGUUGACCGUAUGAUAAUUAAACUUAUUUCUGCAUUA